AUGGUUUGUCUUCACGCUGCUCCUCGCAUCGAGGCUGCUCAGGAGGAGACGCCUGCUGACGAGUCGAACGCAGAUGGAGGUUGCCUGUCCCCCACCUGCGCCCCCACCUCCUGCAGCCGGGGGGCCGCCUCGGAGAGCCAGCAGGACCUGGGAGUCCUCUGCCAGAACAGCACUCCCAUCCUCAGCUCAGCUGUGGCAGAGCACAGGCGAGCGGUUCGCCCGUCCCGUCGGACUCAGGGCUCCAGAAACCCCCUGAGGGCUCUGGCAGCCAGAGAGGACAUCAUGCAGGACUACAUGGGGGACGGGGUCAGCACAGCUGCCGAGGAGAGGAGCCAAGAAGAGAGAAAGUGUAAUAACUCCUCUUCACCGGAUUCACAUCCUGUCCCAUCGAAAGACGCCGUGUCUUCUUCAGAUGCGGACACAGCGGAGUCCUACCCCCCCUUCCGCGCCCUGAUGCUGAUUCACGUCAAAGGUAGGCGGCGCGUCCAGGUUCGUCUGGUCGAGCCCUCGGCGCGGUCGUUGAGCAGCGGAGACUGCUUCCUGCUGGUCACCGCGGAGCGCUGCGUCCUGUGGAGCGGAGAGUUCGCCAACGAGCAGGAGACGGCCAAGGCCUUUGAAGUGGCGUCGACCAUCCAGACCCAGAAAGAUCUCGGCUGUUUGGCCCCCGGAGUCGUUCACCUGCAGGAGGGGCCGAGCUCUGACAGCGGUGCAGCGGAGGACUUCUGGAGCCUUCUGGGAGGGAGGAAACCGUACCGAGGAGCUGGAGCUGCGGAGGAGGACGAGCUGUUUGAACUGGGAGUGGUGGAGUCCAACUGCGUGUACCGGCUGGUGGAGAACCGACUGGUACCGCACGAACAGGCCUGGGCCUCCACCCCCAGCACCGCCCUGCUGGGCUCCACCGAGGUGCUGGUGUUCGAUUUCGGCAGCGAGGUGUACCUGUGGCACGGACGGGACGUUUGCCCCGAGAGGAGGAGCGUCGCGCUGCGGCUGACGCAGCAGCUGUGGGUCGGCGCAUACGACUACAGCAACUGUGGAGUCAACCCGCUCAACCCCACCCAGAGUAACCCCGGCGUUCAGCUGAGGGGCGAGGGCCGCCCCAGCUGGGCUCUGCUCGGUGUCGUCUCGCAGUCCAACGAGACUGUUCUGUUCAGGGAGAAGUUCCAGGACUGGACGUGCAGAAAUGGAGCCCUUGAAGAACAGGAUGAGAUGCAGUCGACGCCUUCACGUCCACUUCAGCCUGAGUCUCCAUCGUCAGACCUCCUGAGUCCCUGCGACGCUAAAGCGUUGGCGUCGGGCCAGUCGGAGACAAAAAGUCCAGUUGGUACGGUGCUGGCAGGCGUCAACGUCCAGAGAGGUCGAGGUGUCCUCACGUUGGAGGAAGGACAACAGAUGGAGCUGAGAACGGUCGCUGUGGACACGUGGCACGUCCAGGAGUUCGACGACUGCGAAGUCCUCGUGGAGAGCUGCAGCCAGCUUCACGAAGGAGACUCCUACGUGAUCCGCUGGACCUACAGCUUCGACGCUGUUGAAAACGGAAAGCUCCCAGAUGAGUGCGACGGCGUUUCUGGAUCGAAGGAGAACUCGGUCUUCUUUUUGUGGCAAGGCCGGCGCUCGAGCGUCAGCGGACGGGACACCGCAGCGUUCCUCUCCAUCGGGUCGAACAACCAUGAAGACUCUCAGGUGGUCGUCCCUCAGGGAGAAGAACCCCCCUGUUUCCUGCAGCUGUUCCAGGGCGGCCUGGUCGUGCACAAGGGGAAGCGAGAGCACGCUUCCACCAGCGCAGGCUGGAGACUGUUUUGCGUGCGAGGCGAGCUGCCGGAGGAGGGUCUGCUGCUGGAGGUGGACUGCUGCUGUGCAGGUUUGCGGUCCAGGGGCUCUGUAGUCCUGCUGAACAGCCAGCAGGGGGUGCUGUUCCUCUGGACUGGCUGCAAAGCUCACAGCAGCACCAGAGAAGUCAGCAAGCUGGCGGUGCAGCGCCUGACUCAGAUGUGCCCACCAGAGCUGGGUCUCAGUAAAACCAGUCCUGUGAAGACUCACGCAGUGGAUGAAGGUUCAGAGCCUGCAGAGUUCUGGGCAGCGUUGGGGCAGAUGGACAGGAAGGCCUACGACUGCAUGCUGCAAGAUCCAGGGAAGUAUAACUUCACUCCUCGCCUUUUCCACCUGAGUGCCUCCUCGGGUAAAUUUCAGGCCAAAGAGCUCCGGAGUCCGACCCGACUGCCGGGACUCGUGAUGGCGAUGCCCUUCAUCCAGGAGGCUCUGUACUCCGAACCACAGCCAGCCUUGUUCCUGCUCGACAACCGAUUAGAGGUGUACCUGUGGCAGCGAGGUCGACCGGAGCAAGCCGAGAGCUCGGCCUCGGCCCGGAGCCUCUGGCUUAACGAGAGGAGGUGCGCCAUGCAGACGGCGCUGCAGUACUGCAAAGAAAUCAACCCGAGAAGGCCCCCGCAGGCCUACCUCAUCCUGGAGGGGUCAGAACCUCUGACCUUCACUAAUGUUUUCCCCCGCUGGGAGAGGAGCCUCGCGCCUCCCACACAGGGCGCUCCGGGGCAAGUGAAUCUGAUCCUGGUGCAAGACGCCCUGGCCCGGCUCAUGAAGACCCAGUACCCUCUAGAAGAGCUGCUGCGGAGCCCCUUACCUGAAGGAGUGGACCCCCGGCACCUGGAGGUCUACCUGUCCGACCAGGACUUCCAGACCGUUUUAGAAGUGAAGAGGGCCGAGUACACCUCCCUCCCGAGCUGGAAACAGACGGAUCAGAAGAAAAGCAAAGGGUUGUCAUGUUAAGACGUGGAAGCUGAACGGUUCAAAAACUGGGACUUCUGCUUUUACCGUGGAAGGAAGGUGACGCAGGGAUGUUGCACAAAAGACUGCUCACGCACGACGCGAGAAAAAGGAGAGGAAACAAAAUCACUUUAUUUAUGUCAAAGUAGUGCGUGAGCUUUUCUCUGGAUUUCACUGUAGCCUUCGGUCGUUCGGUUCCUAUGAGAACAUUGUACAACAUCGGUAAUAAACUGUUUAGUAACGAGGGAAA